AUGGCGAAAGGAGGCAGCAAGAACACUGGCCGAGCGCCACCUACCUUCACCGACGCACCGGUCACUACCGACCCGCGUUUCUCCAAGGUCCACACCGACCCUCGAUUCCUGAAGCCUAAACGCGACGAUACCAAAGUCGUCGUCGACGAGCGUUUCAAAGGUCUCUUCGAGGAUGAUAAGGGCGGAAAGAAGGGCAAGAAGACCGACAAGUAUGGUCGCAAGAUUGGCAAGGGUCAGAGCGAUGCUGAUCAGAUGAAGCGGUUCUAUCGCUUGGAGGAUGGUGAUUUGGAUCCAGCCAAGGAGGAGGAGGAGGAGGAGGAAGUAGAAGAAGACAGCGACGAGGAUGCUGAUAGUGCAGCCGUGGACUACGCUCGUGGCGAAGGAGACCUCGAGAGUAGUUCAGAAGAAGAGUCCUCGGACGAUGAAGAUGACGACAACGAGUCGGGUGACUCCGACAGCGAAGACUCGGAUAGCGAGGACGACGAUGUCAUGAUCGGGCCCUCGAGCGUCAUCGAUCGAGAGAGGAGGAAGAAGGCCGCGCGUUCUGCUCACUUCGAAGCCGACGAGGACGAGGAGGAGGACGGCCUUGGAUCCGACAUCGGCGACAUCGACCUGGACGAAGACGUCGACGAAGCCGUCUAUGCGCAGCUCGACGCUCAGGCAGAACGUGCCAUCGCCGAGGGCGGCAUCGAAGACGGCGAAUCCGAUUCCGAUGCAGAAGCCUCCUCAUCCCGCAAGAAGGGCAAAGGCAAGGAGAAAUCAAGCAAAACCAAAGCCAAGUCGAGCAAGAACAAGAUCCCGCGCGGAGACGACACGUGUCGCCUGGCCGCCGUCAACCUCGACUGGGAUCACGUCCGAGCCAAGGACAUCUACAAGGUCUUCAGCAGCAUCGUUUCCCCGCUCGCGUCCGUCACUGCAGCCGAAGCGCUCCAGGCACACCGUCGAGCCGCCGCCGCCAGCCAAAGCGGAUCCUCCUCCUCUCGCGCCCGUGCCGCCCCCGCAAUCUCGCAAGUGCGUGGCAAGCUGCUGCACGUGCGCGUCUACCCCAGCGAUUUCGGCAAGGAACGCAUGGCCAAGGAAGACAUCGAAGGCCCGCCACCGGAGAUCUUCAAAGGCUCCAAGCGUCGCACCAACGGCGACGACUCUUCUUCGGAAGAAGACGAAGAGAUCACUGCCAAGACCAUCGUGCAGGUCGACGAAGGAGGCGAGUUUGACGAAGAGGCGCUCCGCAAGUACCAGCUCGAUCGCCUGCGUUACUACUACGCCGUCGCAACGUUCGACAGCAAGGAAACCGCACGUCAUGUGUACAACGAGAUCGACGGUACAGAGAUGGAACGCACCGCCAACGUGUUUGACCUUCGCUUUGUUCCAGACGGCAUGGACUUCCCCGAUGGCGAAGAUGGCCGCGAUGCCGAGUUCAGAGACGAAGCCACGGAAGACAUUGCCAACUACAAGGGGGUCGACUUCAAGACCGACGCUCUGCGACACUCGCGCGUGAAGCUCACGUGGGAUCAGGACGAUCCGGAGCGCUCCAAGCUGACACGUAUGGUCGCUCGCGGUGGACUGACCAAAGAGCAGCUGCGCGACGACGAUUUCAAGGCCUACCUCGCGUCGGACACCGAGUCUGAGCCGGACGAGGAGGAGGUCGCCGCCAAGAACGGGCGCGAUCGUCUGCGUGCUCUGCUCAACCUGGAUGGUGGCGACGACGGGUUCGGUAAGAAGGGUAAACGCAAUGGUGGCGUGUUUGACGAUCCGCGUGACGACGAUGAUGACGAGCAGGGCGAGAUGCAGAUCACGUUCAUGCCUGGGUUGUCCGAGGCGGCGGCGAAGAAGUCGGCUAAUGGCGGCAGCAAGCAGGCGGACGGGGAGGAGACGACAUUGGAAAAGUACCUCCGAAAGCAGAAGGAGAAGAAGGAACGCAAGAAGGCCCGACGCGGCGGUGCUGACGAGGAAGACGAGCAGGCGGAGGGCAAACAGGACGGAGACGCAGUCACCGGCGCGAUCGGCAGCACCGACGCAGGGUUCGACGAUCCUUUCUUCAACGAGGACAUGGACAUGGAAGCCGCCCUCGCCGCCGAGUUCGGCCAAGACGGCCCCACAUCCAACAAGAAGUCCACCAAGAAGUCGUCCUCCAACAAACCCGUCUCCGAUCUCAACCCCGACCAGGACCCCGCCGAACUCGCCCGCCAACGCGCCCACCUAACCACCAUCAUCGGCGACACCAACGACGAAGUCACCCAAGACGGUCGACAGCACUUCGACAUGAAGGACAUCCUGCGCCAAGAGAGCGGCAAGGACGCCAAGCGCGCCAAACUGCUCAAACGCCUCUCGAAGAAGAAGCAGCGCGAGGAGCAGGUGUUCCAAGAACGCAAAGGUGCGCCACUGGUGCAGGAUACGUUUGAGAUCGAUGCCAAGGAUGAUCGUUUCAGUGCGCUGAUGGAUGAUCAUCGGUAUGCGAUCGACCCGACGCAUUCCGGGUUUGCCAAGACGAAGGCGAUGCAGAAGAUCAUGGAUGAGAGGAGGAAGAGGUUGGAUCGGGUGGAUACCGAGGGGAUGCCGCAGGAGCAGAAUGGAAGAGACAAGCGCGGCAAGGGUGAGAGUCAGGGUGAGCAUGAAGAGCUGUCUGCGCUGGUGGAGAAACUCAAGAGACGCAACAACGAGUCGGCGGGAGAGCAGCAACAGUCGGCCAAGAGAAGGAAGGGCAGGUCCAAUGCUUGA